CUGAAUCCUUGUAUCAAACCGGUGAUUGAGAGUAAAUCCCACUUGAAGCGUAAUAAUUGGUGUGAGAGCCACUCCGAUCUUCACGAAAUUUUUCCACGUCAUCAAUCUGGCCGGCCGAUUUCCCUCCAUCAUCCAGACCCAACACGGAAAAACCGCAUCCAUGGAGGAAACCAACAAGGCAUUGGCUAAUCUGACGGCGACGAUCACCGCCAUGUCCGCCCAGCUCAGCGAGAUCCACCCGCCGUUCUUGAGCUCCAAGGGUGGAGGCCGACGAUCGAGCGUUCAGUAGACAUGGAGGUCACGAAGUUGCGUCAGAGCAUCCACGCGAUGCGCACGGCGCCCGCAUCAGCCCCUGAUCCGGCGCUGACCAAGGAGAAGGAGACGGCACCGCUGAUCCGCCUCGCGAAUCUGUCGCCCAUGCUUCAUCCGCGGCGAACGCAUCUGUGCAUCGACCAGGCGAGUAGCUACAAGCUCGUGGUGAUUGCACUCAUGGGCCCAUCGUCCACGACGUUUGCAACGGAUCUACGGGGGAAAUCGUUGAGGGAGACACACACACCCCCACGGUUGCCUCCGACCAAGGUUGAGCGGGCGGAGACCGUUCCAAGUGAACCAGACUGUUGUGUGUUGUCCAAGGAAGCCCUGGAAGGAGCAGAAUCACCCAUGAUAAUGUGUUUGCAUGGCUGGGUGCAGCAAUGCGAAGUUCUGAUGCUGGUGGACUCUGGAUCAUCUCAUAGUUUCAUCAAUUCAUCUUUGGCUCACCAAUUGCAAGGGGUCCAGUAGGCGCGUCACCCCUUGUCUGUGUGUGUGGCAAAUGGAGGCAUUAUUCGCAGUGAUCAAGAGAUACCGGGGUGUGAGUGGCGUUCUCAAGGGGUCAAAUUCACCACCAACCUCAAGAUUCUGCCCCUCGGGUGUUAUGAUGUGAUUUUGGGGAUUGAUUGGCUGGCCUGUAAUAUCCCUAUGCAAGUACGUUGGUUGGAGAAGACAAUGAAUUUUUAGCACCAAGGGAAGUGUGUGCACCUCUUUGAAGUCCGCGCGGAUGUCACUCGUUGUGACCUCAUCUCCGGAACAGAACUCCACAUCCUGCUUGACCGAGAUGCAGUCAUCACAGUCGUCCAACUAUGUGCCGCUCCUCAGGACAUGGAGCAGCCACAGAUUUCGGAGGCUUUGGGCGAGCUGAUUGAGCAGUUUGGGGUCUUGUUUGAAGAGCCUAAAGGAUUGCCACCGCAGAUCUUUUGAUCAUUCCAUUCCUCUGGCCCUUGAUGCAAGACCUAUGAAUCUGCGCCCCUACAGGCACAGCCCAGCGCAAAAAAGAUGAGGUGGAGAGGUAGGUGGCACGAUGUUAGAGCAAGGCAUCAUUCGGCUAAGUGUGAGUCCAUUCGCGUCGCAGGUCCUAUUGGUGCAGAAGAAAGACCUCACUUGGCGGUUCUGCGUGGACUACCGGCAUCUCAACGCCAUCACGGUCAAAAAUCGCUACCCACUACCUGUGAUCAAAGAGAUUUUGGACGAACUAGCAGGAUCUCGUCUGUUUACUAGCUUGGAUCUUCGUGUGGGGUACCACCAAAUUCGGAUGAGGCAUGAAGAUGAGCAUAAAACAACGUUUAAAACACACCAUGGGCACUUUGAAUUCAAGGUCAUGCCUUAUGGCGUCACUGGUGGACCAGCCACAUUCCAGGGAGGCAUGAACAUUGUACCGUCUCCCCUGCUCCAGAAAGGCGUGCUGGUAUUCAUCGAUGACAUCUUGAUCCACAACGCACACGAGGAUGCACACCUCAGUCUGUUAUGACAAGUCUUCCAACUGCUCAAAGACCACAACCUGAAGAUCAAACGUAGCAAAUGCUCUUUUGCUCGACCAAAACUACUGUACUUGGGGCAUGAGAUCAGCGGUGAUGGUGUUCGCACAGAUCGCAAGAACAUUGCAGCAGUUCAAAACUGGCUAGUCCCUACUAGUGUCAAAGGAGUGCGGGGAUUUAUGGGUCUUGUUGGGUAUUAUCGCAAGUUUGUGCAUGGUUUUGCCGUCACCUGUCGACCACUUAAGGAUCUUCUCAAGAAAGGUGUCGUAUUUCGAUGGAUGGAGCUGGAGGAUGGUGCCUUUCGGGCUCUUCAGGAGGCGUUGAUCACGACACCAGUGUUGGCAGUGCCCAAUUUUACCAGACCCUUUGAGCUAGAAACAGAUGCAUCAAACUAUGGCAUCGGGGCAGUGUUGUCUUAGGAUAAGCACUCUAUCGGGUACUUGAGUCGUGCUUUGGGACCAUGUAACAGGAUGCUUAGCACAUUUGAGAAUGAAGGCUUGGUGAUUUUGCU